CAACACCAAGCUCUCUAUAGACAACAGACGACAGAAAAGGUUUGCCCAAACAAACAGGCCCCAAAGUCCGGCUGUCUGGACCUGAUUACUGACAGAAGUAAAAGGUGAUGCAAUAGUGGCCAAACUCAAACAGUACUAACAACAUGGCCGGCAGAAGUUUGUGCCAGCUCAAGUGUGUGAAGUCUGCUCUCAAGCAAGGCAAGCUGCUCAACUCUUGUAAUUAUAAUUACAGUUUCGUUCGAUUGAACUCCACGCUAUCCCGGCGUUCCUUCGCAAACAGAACGGAUUUCACAACAGAACGAUCGAUAGCCGGCGUUUUGGGUGCGCCAAGAUGGCGGUAUGUGAGCGCACGGGAUUUUAACGACCUGAAGGGGGCGUACGCGCACGCGCCGUACUCCCGGCUGAACGGGAAGGCGAUCCCGUACCGCUCGGAGCUGAAGCACGCGAAGCGUAUCGUGGUGAAGCUGGGCAGCGCCGUCAUCACCCGGGACGACGAGUGCGGGCUGGCGCUCGGGAGACUCGCUUCGAUCGUCGAACAGGUUUCGGAGCUCCAUGCGGAGGGUCACGAGAUGCUGAUUGUGACCAGCGGUGCCGUGGCGUUCGGGAAGCAGCGGCUCCGACACGAGAUCGCCAUGUCCCAGAGCAUGCGGCAGAGCAUGCGGGACGCACGCGCACGCAACGGCAACACCAUGAAGUUCCUGGAGCCGCGUGCCUGUGCGGCGGCCGGGCAGAGCGGGCUCAUGGCGUUGUACGAUUCCAUGUUCUCUCAGUACGGCAUCACCUGCGCACAGGUGCUGGUGACGAAGCCGGACUUCUACAACGAUGACAACCGGCGCAAUUUGCAGAGUACGAUCAGCGAGCUGCUACGGAUGAACAUCGUGCCGAUUCUCAACGCAAACGACGCUGUCGCCCCCCCUCCCGAACCCGACAAAGACCUACUCGGGGUGAUCAGUGUGAAGGAUAACGACUCCCUUGCUGCUCGGCUGGCUGCUGAGGUGCAGGCUGACCUGCUCUGUCUCCUGUCUGACGUGGACGGCAUCUACACCGCCCCGCCCGGAGAGGACAGCUCCAAGCUGAUCGACACGUACUACCCCGGCAUACAGAGCACCAUCAAGUUCGGGCAGAAGUCACGCGUUGGCAUGGGCGGCAUGGAGUCCAAGGUACGAGCUGCGCAGUGGGCUUUAGAGCGAGGCACUGCAGUCGUGAUCGCGAACGGCUGUCGCCAGGGCUCCGGUCACGCGAUCCUGGACAUCGUCAACGGGCGUAAGACGGGAACGUUCUUCACCGAGGCCAAAGUCUCGUCGGUCACCGUGGAGACGCAGGCGGAGAACGCCAGGAACGGAGGGAGGGUGCUGUCCUCACUCACAGCUCAGCAGCGGUCAGAUAUCAUCUCCCACCUGGCGAACCUCCUGGAGGAGCGCAAGUCCUCCAUCCUGGCAGCCAACCAGAAGGACAUGGACAUCGCUAGGCAACAGGGGAACCUGUCGGGCCCGAUGCUGUCCCGCCUGGCGCUGUCCGCCGGGAAACUCACCAACCUCGCGGACGGGCUGCGGCAGAUCGCGGCCAGCUCGCACCAGAACCUGGACCGCGUGCUGAAACGCAUCCAGGUGGCAGACGGGAUGGAGCUUCGUCAGAUCACCGUGCCGAUUGGCGUGCUCAUGGUCAUCUUCGAGUCUCGGCCUGACUGUCUGCCUCAGGUGGCAGCCCUGGCCAUCGCCAGUGGAAACGGUUUACUGCUGAAGGGGGGGAAGGAGGCGACGUACUCUAACGAGUACCUGCACGGGCUGGUACAGGAGUCGCUGGAUCUGUACAACGCUAAGGACGCCAUCUCACUGGUGAGCACGAGAGAAGCGAUCUACGACCUGCUGAAGCUGGAGCACCUGAUCGACCUGGUGAUCCCGCGGGGAUCCAGCGAUCUGGUACGGAUGAUCCAGCAGGCCAGCAAGGGGAUCCCGGUGCUCGGGCACAGUGAGGGGAUCUGCCACGUGUACGUGGACAAGGACUGUGAUCCUGAGAUGGCCGCCAAAAUCGUUCUGGACUCGAAGUGUGACUACCCAGCUGCCUGUAACGCCAUGGAAACACUACUGGUCCACCGGAGCCUGCUGAAGACACCGGUGUUCGACCACAUCAUCGACACACUCAAGCAGGAAAAGGUGUCCAUCAAUGCUGGCCCACUGUUGGCGAAGGCGCUGCGGUUCGGUCCGCGUGAGGCGAAGUCGAUGCGUGUGGAGUACGGAGGGCUGGAGUGCUGCGUGGAGGCCGUGGAUGGGGUUGACGAUGCCAUCAAACACAUUCACACCUUCGGUAGCUCUCACACUGAUGUCAUCGUCACAAACAAUGCCAACACAGCUGAGAAGUUCCUGCAGAGCGUGGACAGCGCCUGCGUCUUCCACAACUCCAGCUCGCGGUUCGCGGACGGAUACCGCUUCGGCCUGGGUGCUGAGGUGGGCAUCAGCACCGCCCGGAUACACUCGCGAGGUCCCGUGGGCGUGGAGGGUCUACUCACCACCAAGUGGGUCCUUCGAGGGAGCGGAAACUCGGUCGGCGACUUCGCGGAAGGAGGGCCGAACAGUUACAUACACGAGUACUUACCUUUGGAGGAAGGGGCAGAGGGUUCAGACUCAGAAUAGGAUUAUGGAAGUCACAAAAUCUU